ACUUUGUUUAAUUGAUAUGCAUUUGACGCGAUAGUCAAAAUCCCACAUCCUAGCACAAUCCAUUCCUCCCCAGGAAACUAUUCAGCUAUUUCCCACAACCGCGUCAUGACCCACACUCGUCUCCUGCACUGCCCCAACUCUCACUUGGGUUUAACUUGAACUUGAACUUAAUGAUAAGACUGGAAACAAGAGAAGGAUAAAGAUAUACUGUACUGAUCUUGGAAUAAUUAUUUUCGACACUUUGGACAUAACUCUCACAUACAACUGAGUUGAGGAGGCCCCAUCACUCGCUCCGCAGGACCAAUAUACAGGGACACAUCUUAUUCGGCCACUGCAGCCAGCCAUGGCGCCACAGACAAGGAAUCGUGGAAACAAAUCUGCCGACGGAUCAUAUAAAUCAACUACUCCAGCCCCGAAGCAAAAGCGCUUUCCGGGUCGUCGGGCUCAACUAAAGACUUAUGGAAGUCCUCGGCCAACCCUGAAGCCGCUGAAACAAGAGACGUUAACUCAGAUGCAGUGGGUGUCUCCAUCUAUGCAGGAGGACCUCUUGAAACUUGAAGACGAAGAUGAAGACGAGGAUGAUGCUGAAGAACCCGGAGAAUCCGAAGUGCCUCCGGCUGUGGAAGUUAAAUCUAGGAAGAGGACUCGAGGGAACCGGCGUAAGACAGCCGGAGAUGAAUUACCCAAUGAUGAGAAGCCGAAAGGUUCAAAACGGCGGAAGACUUUGGGAGAUAUCCCCAGUCCAAACCCUACGCGUAACUUCCAAACGCAGACUCUAACGCAAUGCCUGGACAAAAGCAUUGUGAGGGAUCAAGUUGACGAUUCGGAGGGUGACGAUGACAACGCCUUGAUACUAGAAACUCCGAAGAAACCAGAAAAGCAUAUUUCGCUUGGAACGGACAAUGCCAAGCCGGAACAGCAGCCGGAAUACAGGUCCUCAGUUCCAACCCUCAUUCAGUCUGUUACACCAACCAACAAGAGGAGGAUAGAGAUUCCGUCUUCGACGUCACCACUGACGCCAAUGCUCACCCGGAGUUUCAGCCCAGAACAUCGCGACUCACCUUUGAAAGGAAAAUCUACCAAUGCAGCAACACUAUCUCCAAUUAUCAAGACACCAAGUCGUCGAAUCAUUCCAGACUCAUACAGCACAGCUCAUAGUUCCCCAGCUGCAGCCCUAUCAACUUCGACCUCCAAAGCUACCCCAAACAAGAAACUCCGAUUCGACCUGCCCGAAGACAAAGAAAAUAUUACGCCGGGCAGAAAGGAACCUAAGCCCCCCAAAUCGCCCAAAGACACCUCUUCGCGGACGCCUCUACAGGAACUUCCCGAAGAACCUCGCACGGACCAGGAAAUCCCCGAUUCUGAUUACGAUUCUGAUGCAACUGAAUCUACCAUUGUGGAAGAUAAUGUUGCACCAAACGAAGACAAUAUACCAUCGACGGAUGACCCGGAGCCUGCAGAAACAUGCUAUGGUGUUAUUGGAGAUGAAACACAGGCUGAGAUUCUGCUUUCGGCAGAUGAGCUCAGCCGUGAGCUUAGUGAGAGUGAUUCCCUAGAGGGAAGCCGGUCGCGAUCGGCAACCCCCACACCCAAGCCGAAGAAAAAGGAACCACUUCGUACAGCAAAGGACAUAAGCACGCCGACUCGCCGCCCGGGUUCUACAACGAAACAAGUGCAAAUAUCGUCUCCACAAAGGGGACCAACAGACGAAAAUACACCAAAUGCGCAUACUCAAAUUUACACCCAGGGUGUUGAGAGCCAACGAUUACCAUUAGAAGAAAUUCGUGCUCUCGGCCCCCAAACCCCGAACUCCGAUAUCAUGGUGUCACUACAUCCUGAGCCCUUGGCGAUGAUCUUAGAUCGUUCAAAGAAUCAUGAAUUCAGGACUUGGAAAAUACCACCUAGUGUAUCUCGCAUCUGGAUCUACAGCACCAGGCCGACCUCCGAAUUGAGAUACAUGUGCAUCCUCAGCCCGCCGAAGGUACCCGGAGAAAUCCAAGACGAAAAAGGAGUCGGGAACGUCGAGUUCAACCAAGGAACUAUGAAUGCCAACUUUGCAUACGAGAUAGUACAAGUGUAUGAGCUCAACAACCCAGUCCCGUUGAAUGAGAUGAAAAAGAAAGGCUGGGUAAAUUCUGCCCCACAGAAGUACAUCUGGGUCCCUCCAGCAGUUGUCGGAGAGCUCACAGGAAAUUUAAAAUAUGCUUUAUUCGGCGGUGAGGAACAAGCAGCCGAGACCGCCACACUCCUGCCAACCAGUCCAAAUGUCUCGGAAUCUCAAGAAAUAAAAGCGCAGAUCCAGGACGAUGUAGAUUAUUCAACACAGCACCCUUCGUCCGAACGUGGCAAUGAUAUGGUUGCUUCAAGCCCAGUAUCACGCAAGUCAGCAGGAAAAAGAAAGCAACUUGAACAAAAUCGCGAUGGCACAAACCCAACACCAUCCAAAAUGCUGCUAGGUCCUUCAACCCGAUCGGAUCCCGCACCUUCAAGCGAAAGAGUGCGGGGUUUUGUGAGAUCCUCGCAAGCCACCACGGUCUCAAGCCCAACCAUUUCGCCAGAAAAAUCACUUCCGCAACCCAUAAAUCUUUCAAGCCAGCCAUCAGCCAUCAAUUACAACAGUAGCAGCCCGAUACUUUUCCGAAAUGCACGAAACAAUUCUCUUAGAUCUUCGCAAUUUCAAACACGAAGUCAAAUGCUGCCGGAUAGCCUGAUCAAUGGCGAAAUCCAGGAACCGCCUCCGAUUAUAUGGGACUCUGCUGAUGAGGAAUCGGAUUAAUUUCGCAAACGUCAACAACAUCAAACUCUUGUAUAUUAGGGGUUGAGACGCUCCAUUAUGAUCAUUGUAUAGGUAGUUAGGCUGAGCCAUGCUUGGCGGGAAUGAAUAUUUGCAUGUUUUUGGAGUUUUAGGAUGGCUAGAUUACAGCCCAAAGCUAUCAUGAGGAUAUCGAGCACAUUGAAAAUUAGAGAAUACUAGAUUGGCAACUAUGUCUAUUAUGAAGAUCUUCUAUAGGUGUCAUUAAUACCAAUCAUAUACCUAGAGGCUCCUCGGGAG